AUGGGUUUAUCUGUUAUCACAAGUGAUAGGCAAUUUGCAGAUGUGUUUGUGCCUUGUCGAUUUUCCAAAGGAAGAUGCUUCUCUCUUAAGAUGGGAUAUACUACACACCAAACUUCUACAAGCAGUACUGCAAAUGCAGGCGUACGGCCUGUCGUCGUAUCAGGUGUCGAUGGCGUCAAAGUUUCUUCUUCUUCUUCGGUUGAAGAGUUCAGUUUUACAGCCACAUCUUCUGACAAAGACGACGAACUAAAGAUCACUGUAGAGGUUUCCGGGACCAAAACGCAAGAAAUAUAUGAUCAAUUUUUCGCCAAAAUGGUUGAAGACGCACAGCCGAUUCCUGGAUUUCGAAAAGUAAAAGGAGGAAAGACCCCUAAUAUACCGAAAGAGAUUCUUUUGGAAAUUCUAGGCCCAUCGAGAGUGUACCACCAAGUUAUUAAGAAAGUGAUAAACAUUGCAGUUGCUAAAUAUGUAGCUAAGGAAGGUUUAAAAGUUGGUAAAGAGUUAGAAAUCUUUAAAUGGAAUUCAGAUAAAAAGUUGAGUGAGAAACAUAAAGACAAAAGCCGCAAGCAUGAUAAUUCUUCAAUUGUGAGUUUCUUGCUGAACUCUAUAUGCCCCGAAAAGUGUCUGUACAUGUCAGCGGGAAAAACAACACUAUGGGAUUGCUCAUCUGCUACAAAAUUAAGAUCACUUAUGGUGGUGUUGUCAGGGGCGUGCACCUUGAAUAACAAGCGAGGAAGGAGCUUUUGGCGGGAUGGAUUGAGUAGAACCAAUCACUUUCUUUCAAGGUCUCGAAAACUGACCACCAAGACUUUCCCCAUAAUUUCAUAUUCGGACAAUGUGAACGGCGGCGGAUAUGUAGAUGAUGGUGGAAAGGGGAGUGAUUGUGGCCGUGUAUCUCCUGCUGCUGCCCUUCACCAAGGGAUUGCACGAGAGAAUGAUGGGGGAUCUGAGACGAAGACGAAUAAGGGAUACGGGGAAGAUCGUGAGGUGACGUUGAGAAGGAGGUGCCAGACGGGAUCGGUGGCAGUGGAGAGAGCAUGUAUGUUUAUAUAA